GUAUUUAAUGCAAUAUUUGUUUUUGCGUUGCAAGAGCGCGUAUUUGCGAAGCAGGCAACGCGACAAUUGCACUAUAUUACUGCAGGAAAAUAAUCGUGUGAUCGGCGCGGUUCCGCUCAGGCGAACGCGUUCGGAAAGUCGGUAUCGAUGAAAGCAGUGGGGAGGGUCAACAGUGACGGGGGCUCUUUAAAGCGAAAUGGAGGUUGUGUUGUGACUCGUGUAAAAUAAACUUAGCGUGUGUUGAAAAUGCACGAGUUAUUGUCAGCGAAACGCGAUUUUUGUACGGGGAUGUGUAUGUGGAAUAAAAUAAUAACGUGAAUGUUACGUUGUUUAACGUUACGCGUUUCGCUAGCUGUUCGAGGCAGCAUUCUUAAACGAUUACUGAAAUGGAGGCUGGCGAAACUCGUGUCGAUUUUUUCUCGAUAGUCUGAUGAUCAAUUUCGACGAUGUUCAUCACUUUAUCGCGAGAUAUUGAGGUUGGAAUUUAAACGGAGAGAGAAUCGCUCAAAUUAGUCACGUUUUAAGAAGUUUUGUUUGUUUGAAUCGAAGUGAACCGAUGCUCCACUCGGUUCAGUGUUGAGGGAAUUGUUCACGCGUGUUUUCCGCACGAUCCGCCAGAGCACAGAUGCGAUUAUCGUGACCCUUAAUACAAAAUUUAAAUACGCAUGCACAUUAUUUGUAUCAUAAUUUAACGCUGAACUGUAAUCAAUUUAAUAAAAGCACAAAUUUAAAUAAGGAAAAAGUAAGUUUUGAAUAUGGUAAAAACUUCACAGUUCAUCAGUUCAUUUAAAUGUAAAUAAAGUAGAGAAUCGUAAUAUACAUUAAAAUGUAAUCUUUAAAUUUAUGAAGUAAUGCAACAUUCAUGGUUGUUUUAAUGUCAUCCCAAUUAUGGGGUUUCGUUGUUUUUUAACUGGAUUGUUUGUUUUCUGAAUCUGUGCAUGUUCAUACUGUAAAUCUUUUUAAAUAUAAUGUGAAGAUAUUGGAGUUUCACGCACAAUUUUGAUGUAGUUUCUUGUUCAUGUUUUGGAUGGAAUUCUUGUUUUCAUUGCUUCAUUUUUGCAUAAACAAUACCAAAAAUGAUGUACUUUGUAGAUAAUAAAUACUUUACAGAAAGCAUUUCGGAUUUUAAUGUAUAGUUGGUGAUCUGCUUCAGUGAGUUCUAAAUUGCUAACCUCUACACUAAAUCAGCUUACCAAACAGACCAACCCGGAUGAAAAAAUGGAAGAAUACUGUAGUAUUAAUGUAUAUAUUAUAAUUACAACACUUAGUUAACUUGUACUAUAAUAUUCUGUAGUAUUAACUAUAGGUAAUAAUUCAACUGUAAGAAAUACUAUAGUGUAUUUUAAUAUGUACUGUAAGAUUCGGAUCAUUUUACUGCAGUUUAUUAUAGUGUGCUACAGUAUUUUUUCAUGUGGCAAUCUUAUCCAUCUUAUUACGUUUUGGUUUGUUUAUUUUUGUAUUUGUGAAUAUAAAAAAUGUAUUAUAUUAAAUGUAUAUAGGUUUUAUUAGGGCUUUAGAAAAUGUUGAAUUAUCUUCUAUUCUAUCAAACUGUAAUAGCCUGUGUUAGCUAUCGUUACUCUGUCUUUACUGUAGCGUGUUUCACUGUCAUAGUAAUCGCGCUGCAUUGCAGAUAUCGAAUCUCAGGCCAUUUCUAUCGACCUCUCCACUGUCGCUCGCUGCCGGGCUCGCAGCAAAAUCCAUCACCAUAGCAACCGCUCGUCUCUGCCCCGUUCUAUAAAUAUUCUCCUUCACGCUAGUCUAGCGUGUUUCUGCUAGCUCGAGCCGUUCCGGCAGGCCAGUUUUCUAGAGGGAUUUUAUUUACAUUCGGUACAUUAUAAUGAUCUGUAACCAAUAAACAUGGACUAAACAUCCUCACUUCAAGCAUUUGAAGCAACCCAGACGCUCCCUAACAAUUUGAGAUGGAAUUACUCCUUCCAGGUUUUAUGGAUAAGUCACCUUGUUCCUAUUAAAGAUGUGAACCUCCAGUUCUAUACUCAAGCUCAUCUUGGAAUGACUCAAAAGCAGUGAUCUGAUAUAAAUCUAAUGUAAAAUAAAGGCCUCAAGGCCAGAUCAAGAGAUCAGAAAUGACGGAUGAGCUGAACAGGUUGUCAUCCGACCGGGAGGAGACGGAUCGGGGUGACGCUGUGCCCACCGGAGCAGAUGCGGUCACUGCCGUCGUGGAACACACGAUGGAGAACGACUUGCCCAGCGUCGUGACGUUUGAGCUGAUUCCUGAUUGGCUGAAGCCAAUGGAGGAGGACGAUGAUGCUGUUGAUGGUGACAAGAUCAUGGAGCCAAGCACCAAGAAGACCAUUCCUAACAUUCUUCGAAAGAAGCGUGGAAGAGGUCGACCUCCUCUCGCCAAAACUGUUCGCGCUCGACUCAACGUGAUAAAAGCGCAAGGUGGCGCUGUACAAAAGAUGAGUGUCGAUACCAUCAAUGACGGCAAACGUUCAACUGCCAGAAUCCCCAAGAGGCAGAUGUCCACUCCAAUCAGACCACAGCAUACUCCCACCUUGCCUACAGGGUCCAUCACCAUCUUUUCUUCUCCAGUAUUUUGUAGUCCUCCGCGCCUCACGAGAGUCUCCCCGCUCAAUGUCGACGGGACUCAGAUACCCUGUCACUCUCCAUCCUUACAGCUGAGCAGCGUUUCCCAACAGAUAAGCUCUGCCACACCGGGGAAUAACGGCACUGAGAUGCCCCUUCAUAUCUGGCAGUGCCCACCUCUGCAACCCAUCAGCCCUCCAAAGACUCAGGACGCAUUCGUAGAUCAGACCGUGACGAUAGGGUCGCCGGAUUCUCCGGAUGCCGAUCUUAAUGAAAGUGAGCCAGAAAAAGAAGAAAUCUUGCUUCUGAUGAGGGACUGCGUUGGCUGUGGAGGCCCAUUUCCAGCCGAGAAAGUUGGGGACACAUUGUGUCGCAAAUGCAAACCGGCAGAGAAGAAACACUCACCUCCAAACAUUGUAUUUAGGAAGGUGGGGCAAGAUCAGUGGGAGGUGGGGAAAACAAAACCUCCAAAAAACCUGAAAGCGGCUCCCAAAUGCAAGAAAGUGAUCAAAAAGGAUUUAGUCCCUGAUGGUGGGGGUGAUGACGAUGAUGAUGAGGAUGAUGAAAGUAACUGGAUGUCUAGGAAACGCUCAAAGAAUCGGCGGAUGUGUCGUAGUUGUGAAGCGUGUCUGAGAGGCACCGACUGCGGCGUGUGUGACUUCUGCAUGGACAAGCCCAAGUUUGGUGGCAGUAACAAGAAAAGACAGAAGUGUCGCCUGCGUCAGUGCCAGUUUCAGUCCAGGCUUCACCAUCAGAUCCCCAGGGUAUUACGAAGUCCACGAAGAAGAAAAAUGAUCAAAAAGAAGUUGAAGCCGGGGCAACCCAAAAAACGGCGAACCAGAAAGAACCCCUGGGACGUUGACGGUGAAGAUUACGGCAGCGAUAAGGAAGAUGAGACGAAACUGAAACAUUUCAACGCCAAAGGCACGAGGAAAAGACAAAGGAAGAAAUGGAAUUACAGUUUCAAGGAGGAAGAGGAGGAAGAGGAAGAGAUGUUUAUUGAAGCUGUGCUGGAUGAUGAUGAACCAGACGAGUCUGAUUCUCUCUCAUUGGUUCGGAAUGGGCCAAUGAAAAUUGUGAUGGACAAUAACGGUGGGUUUAAUGUCACCCAGACACCUCAGUCUCGGGAAAUCUAUUAUACCUUGCCUGGUGUCCCAGAGGCGUCUCGUAUGCUCCGCCCUGUUACUCUGUGUAACGGUAAUCCAGAGGCGCCGAUUGAGGCCGGUGGAGUGGCCGGUCCUCUGCCUGUGGGCAUCACUCAAAAUGACAUUCUGCAGAUUGAGAUGGUGAGAGUCGGGUCACCGGUGUCAGAAUUCAUUGAACCUCAGAACACGCCGCAACCUGAACAACAAGCAUAUCCACCUGAUCACACACCAGUGAUAACUCAAAUCUUCAGUCUGGCGAUCGGCACCGAGUGCGACUUUGAAAGAGACGCGGGCCUGAUGGAGCUCUUCCACUCUCUCCGUCAGACCGUGCUGCCCGCUCACUGGGUGGGCGUCAUGGCCAAAGGCCCCAUUCUCCAGCUCCUGCAGUGCUCCAAACUCUCCACCAUGGCCGACACGGUCAUCCAGAUCGAGAAGGGCUUCUUCUACCAGAUCAGCGUUCAGAACCAGCCUCUCCUCCUCAUGCACUCCGUCUACAUGCGUCACCCCACCUGCCUGACCUCCGUCGGUGACGUGGUGUCGCUCUUGCUGGACUUGGAGGGACUGAGCGUGUGUCAGGGUCACCAGAACUUCAACCCCGGGACCCCCUGGGAGCCCAGGAUGUGUGUGCGAGCGGCUCUCUGUGAUUUGCUUAUACCCCAGGAUGAGGAACAGUGUGAGAAGUGUGCUCAUCCUGCAGAGGUGUGAGAGACGGACCAUUUUCUUCCACAAUUUUGAAGAAUCUGGAGACGUUCGAAAGAAUCUUCCAUCGGUCUUUAAGUUUAUUUAAAGAUUUGAACCCUUCUGUUAUAGUGAGGCAGAUGUCUAGGGCAAACCUCCUAUUGAAUCAACAUUCAGAAUGGUGCUUUUCUUAGUUUUACCGUGGCAAGUGAGAGCUUAAACGAUCUAUGGAGGAAACUGAGCUUUUUCACACAACACGGAGCAAUUCUGUUUUCGUGUUAACUACCUCUGGAUGAUUUCACGGACCAACAUGAACCUUGAACCUCCCUGGUGCAGAUAUUCAGAGCGUUCAGAUUCAAUGAAACGAAACUGUUUGAUGAAAUGUAGUGGAUGUAGUACAAUAAAAAUGCUGUUUUGUACUGUCUGUAACACUGGUCAUUUUGGGCUUGGACUUUCAAAGCUUACACUGCAUAGACGGUUUCUAAGAGGAUAAACGUUUUGGUUUAAAACUUCAGUCUUCGAACAGUCUAUGUCUUCUUUUAAUCAUACCUCAGGCUGUAUUAUUUCCAUCUCUGAUUGUUCACUCUAGCUGGGUGCCUUUGUGUAUAGAAAAAGUUCUCGAAUGCAUAAAACUGAAGAUGUCCUCUGGACUUUUCUUGGCCUGACGUUCAUCGCACACCUGCGCUGGUGUGACCGAAUUGUGUUACGCAUGAUAAACUACAAAUGCUCACGCCGGCAGACUGCAUUCGUUCAGAGUUGUGUGUGUUUGUGCUGUCGUCUGUAAUAAUCUCAGCCUAGCCAGCAGUAAACUUGAAAUAUAGCAAAAGCAACAUUUUGAUACAUUGAUUGCGUUUAUACGCUUUGUGUUAUUUUAAUUCUUUCAAAAUUGUGAAAUCGAGUCUUUUUUUUUUCUCCAUUCGUUUUCUGAUGAUUUUAAUUAUUAUUGACAUUAAUGCAAACGCCUCCCCCCAGACAUAGAACCAUUGAAGUGUAAAAUACAUGUUUGUCUGAAAUUAUUUAUAAAUAUAGGUUGGAAGCUGGAGAUGUUCGAAGCGUCUCUGUUGUAAAUCUUGAUCUUGCACCAAGUUUUAGAACAUAUUGUAAAGGAAUAUUUUUUAUGAAGGGUGGUGAUAUUGUAUUAAAGUUUUUUUCUAAUGCAAAUAGUUCUGGG